GGGCGGUGUCAUUGGUUGUUCCUUUUGAUCGCCGUGGUCUUCCCAAUAGUAUAUCUGUAGCUGACGAUGUCGGCCGUGGACGUGGCUUCCUCCUCCUCUCCUGUCGAGACCGACGACGCCGGCAGGACGAUGGUGGCCGUGGGCGGCAUGCAAAACAUGGCGUGGGCCUCGGACACUUCCAAGUUUGGUUUCAAGAUGCUGGUCAAGAUGGGCUGGUCGGCCGGGAAGGGUGUGGGUAAGGAACUACAGGGUCAGGCCACGCACGUCAAGAUUGCACGCCGCUCGGAAAAUUUGGGCGUGGGCUGCAGUCUCAAGCAGGCGGAAGUCCAGGGCUGGUCGCAGACGGCUGGUGGCUUCGCGGACGUGCUCAAGACGCUCAACAAGUCGUACGGCAGUAAGUCGAGCUCGGAUGCAGACAGUUCGGACGAGGGAUCCAACAGCAGCAGCAGCAAAAAGGCUAAAAAGACCAAGAAGGAGAAGAAGAUCAAAAAAGAGAAGAAAGUUAAAAAGGAGAAGAAGGCUAAGAAGAGCAAAAAAGCUAGCGGCGAAAAGGCCACUGUCUCGAGACGGCUGCACUACCGCAAGCGUCAGUCCAACAAGGACGCCAAGAACUACGGCGCAGUCGAGAUGGCGGCCAUCCUGGGCGUCGCGUCCUCGACCUACAAACCAGCUGCCGAGUAGACCAGACUGUCCUUCCUUUCUUCAAGUUCUUCCAGCGCUGCUGACGCGUCUGGUAAACGACUAUUUAGAGCCUGUCAGGCCAAUACAUAGCAAACUUUCAU